UCUACUGCUCAUGACGAUCUGUACGUCUCCAUUGCUCUGAUUGCCUCAGCUGCGCUGAAUCGUCCUCUCUCUCUCAAGAAAAAAAAACUGCUCUGAAUCGAAUCCGUCUCCAUCGGGGUAGUAGGCGGCCUGGCCCAUCGAUCUGUAGCACUAGGGUUUGGUGGUUCCCUACUGUGAUUCCGUCUCUCCUCAUAGUAGCAAGUGGCCCUUGCCGGCAGCGCCGAUUCGAUUUCCUCACUUCGCGCCAGCCUAUUCAAAUACGGAUCGGUAUUUGAGAUCGAGCGGGAUCCGAUACUACUCGAUCUCUCAGUUCAAUUUAAGUAGUAACACAGGCAGAGACCAGAGAGAGGGAGGGAAUUAUCGUCGUAUGUCAUGGGGCUGCUGGCGCUGAAUUGGUUCAUGUCGAUGCAGCGCGGGCAGAAGCGAAAUCGUCGCGGCCAUAGCCAACCCAAUCAAUCGAUUGGUUCAUUAGCUAAAAGAGACGGCUUACCACGCCAACAGGAUGAUAAUUCUUAUGGCUGCAAAAGAAUAAGAUAUUCAUCGGACCUUCCAGAGGACAUCUGGCAUCAUAUACUUUCUAUAGUGCCAAUGAAAGAUGCUGCCCGUGCUGCCUGUGUGUGCCACGCUUUUCUACGCUCCUGGAGAUGCCAUCCCAAUCUCACCUUCACCAAGAAAACAAUGUGCUUGAAAGAAUUACGCAAGGGAACAGCAGGCUUAAAUGAUAUAAAAGAAUACGCCGCCAAUAUUGACCAUGUUCUAACAAAGCACUCAGGUGUUGGCGUGAAGAUAUUCAAGAUUGAUUACCGCGGCCCUUAUGAUGACAAAACAUAUAACCGUCUCAAUAAUUGGCUUCAGAUUGCGGUUACACCAUGGAUUGAAGAACUCGACCUGAAUAUUCAGCGGCCGCGAAAGACGGUGAACUUUAACUUCCCAUGUGCACUUUUAUCGGAGAGGUGUCGAGACUCGAUUCGGCGUCUUCACCUUGCCAAUUGUAACUUACAUUCCGCAUUUGAACCUGGUUUGACAAGCUUGACAGUGCUGCGUCUUUAUAAUGUCCAUAUUACGGGGGACGAGUUAGGGUGUCUUCUUUCGGAUUCCCUUGCUUUGGAAGAAUUGAUGCUGAUAUAUUGUAAUGAUAUAAGACGCCUGGAGAUACCUUGCGUUCUGCAGCGGUUCAGAAACCUGUUGGUGGUUGAGUGCUUGAGCCUUCGAGUGAUAGAGAACAAAGCUCCAAAUAUCUCCAGGUUUGACUUUUCACUUAUAGGUAAGCAAGUCCAGCUCUUAUUUGGAGAAUCGUUGCAAGUGAAGAUGCUGAGCUUGGCCCAUAGCAGUGCCAUCAGUUCUUUUGAUAUGAUUCCAUCCAGUUUGCCAUAUCUUGAGAAUCUUAGCAUACAUUCUGGUUCUGAGAUGGCCAAUGCGCCAAUCGUAUCCAGUCGAUUCCUCCACCUCAAAUUCUUGCGUGUUUGUUUUUCUGGAUGCAAUUUUCACCAGGACUAUGAUUAUUUAUCUUUGGUUUCUUUUCUUGAUGCAUUUCCUUCCUUGGAGACUUUUGUCUUGUUCGUAUCACAGCAGUCGAAGUAUGACUCCAUUGAUGAACAUACCUCAUCUCUGAGGAAAAUUCCAGAACACUGCCAUGGCAAGCUCAAGCGUGUGAAGAUCACUGGUUUCAGCCCCCGAAAGAGCAUGGUUGAGCUAGCUUGUCAUAUUCUAGAGAAUACACCGUCACUGGAGUGCCUUACAUUGGACACUACUUCUGUUUCUUAUCGGUGUUUCGGCGACAUAUCAAGAAUAUGCGCUCCCUUGAUCCCUGCAUGUAUAAGGGAGGCGCGUAAAACGGUCUUGGCCGUAAAGACAUACAUUGCGGGGAAAGUUCCCUCUACAGUCAAGUUAAAUGUUCUGGAGCCUUGCAGCCGUUGUCAUGCUUUGUGAAAUUUAGUUGUGUUGUGCUUUACUUCCUAGUUACAAUGUUUUAGAUCUGUGAUACUGCGCUCUUAAUUACUUUAUUAGCAAACCGUAAAAUGAUGUAAUAUUACUGGAUACAAUGCAAUUGAACCGUGUUCAGUUCUUUUGUAGUU